AUGACAAAUUCACCAAUUAAGUCAGACUCAAUUCACUCAGAUCUCGUUCAUCAAUCUAAAAUAGACACUGUGAUACUAGAUAUAGAAGGAACAAUAUGUCCAAUAACAUUUGUAAAAGAUAAAUUAUUUCCAUAUUUUAUAAAAAAAUUACCAGAAGUUUUAAAUAAAUAUAAUUAUCCAAUAAAUUCAUUGGGUAGUAAUGAUCCAAUAAUAAAUAUACUAGAAAAUUUACCAUCAAAUAUAACAAACUCCUCAGAAUCAAUAUAUGAUUAUUUAAAAAAUUUAGUUGAUAAUGAUAUAAAAGAUCCUGUUUUAAAAUCUUUACAAGGUUUUAUAUGGGAUCAAGGUUAUAAAUCUGGUGAAUUAAAAUCUCCAGUUUAUAAAGAUUCAAUUGAAUUUAUUGAAAAAUUUCCAUCUACUACAAAAAAAAUAUAUAUUUAUUCAUCAGGUAGUAUAAAUGCUCAAAAAUUAUUAUUUGGUCAUGUAGACGUAAAUGGUAAAUCUAAAAAUUUAAAUAAAUACUUAUCUGGUUAUUUUGAUAUUACAACUGCUGGUUAUAAAAAUGAAUAUACUUCAUAUACUAAAAUAUUAAAAGAAAUUGGAAAAUUAAAUAAUCCUAAAACUGUAUUAUUUUUAAGUGAUAAUAUAAAUGAAGUUAAAGCUGCUAUAAAAGCUGAAAUGCAAAGUUAUAUUGUUAUAAGACCUGGGAAUGCUCCAAUACCUAGUGAAGAAAAAAAUGGUUAUAGAACUAUAACUUCAUUAUAUGAAAUAGAUAUAUAA